AUGAACUUUUCACUCCAUUGCCUUCUCCAUCUCUCAGUGCUUCAUAUCUGCACACGCGAAUCAGAGUCUUCACUGAGGAUAAAGCAUAACAAUUAUGAGAGAGCUAUCCUAGGGAGAAAUGUGACCAUCUUCUGCAACUUGACAAGUCUGGCGAAUGUUGAGCAAGUCACCUGGCAGAAAGUUCAAGGUCCAUUGCUUCAAAAUAUCGGCACUUACAGCCAUAAAUAUGGAGAAAAUAUUAUCCCACCAUAUGUGAACAGGCUGCACUGCAAGAUCCUGGAACCCAAUGCCUCCUUCAUAACCAUCCAAAAAGUGACAUUUGAAGAUGAAGCUUGCUACAAGUGUCUGUUUAACACCUUUCCAUAUGGCAGCCAUGGAGGACAAACCUGCCUUAACGUCCUAACUGUAUCUGAAUUAGCAACUGAACUCCAUCCUGUUCCUGGCUCUGAAGAUCUCCUUAGCCUUCACUGUUCAGCAGUGGGAAAGCCUGCUCCUGGAAUCUCCAUUUACCCUUCACAAGCCCUAGUGUCCAUGCGGGAAGAGUACUUUACCAAGAACCCAAAUAGCACAGUGACCAUCUCUAAAAUAAACAACAUCUCUUUGAAAACUGUUAGAUCCUUGGGCCUCCAGCACCUGGUUGUGUCCAUGACUCACCCCCUAGGAUAUGAAGAGAAGAUAGUUCCUCUGCCAGUAAAGCAAGAGGGGACCAGGAAUCAUGUUUCAAAUUGGAAGAAGACUGCAAUUGUAUUCAUUGUUCUGUUUUCAGUUUCAUGUAUCAUCCUUGGGACCUUUCUCUAUAUUAAUUUAAAAAAUAAAAGGCCCACAACCCUGGAAGAAGCCUACAACUCUACUGGAGGCUAUGCUGGUACCAAGGUGUUUUCUCACACCAACAGAAUCACCAAGUUUGUAGUUUGGAAAGCUUUCAUCAAGGACAAACGUAAAUUCAAGGCCAUUGCUCUUCUCUCCAAGUUUUCUCUUUUGCUGGCCCGACCACCUUCCAGCUGUACGAUGGACUGUAAUCUGGCGCCCUCUACUGCAGCAGAGAGGAAUGAGGAAUGA